AUGUGCCGACCGAUCACGGUCUCUCCCGUCUCUCUCUUCCGUCUCGCUCGACUAGCCCUGAUGUUAAGGUGCUGUCGACGUGUAGCUUUCAAAAGCAACUCUGAUUUCAGAUCUAGUGGAAUAGCCUGCAAGCAAAUCUACCUUGAGGGUCCCCAGCACCUCUACCGCGGCCUGUUGCCUCCUCUAAUGCAGAAAUCCACAUCAAUGGCCAUAAUGUUUGGCAUCUACAACCGCUACCACGAACUUCUGAUACUACAUGGACCCCAGAUGCCAACUGAUGUAGCCAAAGGAACAGCAGCCAUGCUUGCAGGUACCACGGAGGCAAUCCUGGUGCCAUUUGAACGUAUCCAAACACUUAUGCAGGACCAAACAUACCAUAAACGUUUUCAGAAUACAUUUGAAGCUUUUCGAAAGACCAGAUCAUACGGGUUGGCUGAGUAUUACCGCGGACUCUCUGCUAUAUUAAUGCGAAAUGGACCAAGCAGUGCAUUAUUUUUUCUUGGGAGAGACCACGUCAAAGAGCGCCUUCCAGAGUCUCAUAAUGUUGUAACGAUUGCUCUCCAAGAUUUUAUCAGUGGCGCCUUUUUGGGGGCCAUUAUAAGCACUUUUCUGUUUCCUUUAAAUGCCAUCAAAACUCGAAUGCAAUCUGAGUAUGGAACAAGGUUUAUCAGUAUUGUUGAAAGCUAUCGCAUCUUGGUAGCUGAACGAAACCACUCAGCUCUUAGCCUCAUGCGAGGAGUGCACAUAAAUUACAUGCGUUCGUUUCUUUCCUGGGGAAUCAUCAAUGCUUCCUACGAAAUUUUGCUAUCAUACUUCAAGAAAAAGUCUUGA